GGCCCGCGGCCGCCGCCGCCAUUUCGGGCGCUGCUGUGAGGCUGAGACCCGAGCCGGUCCGCUGGGCGGCGGGCGGCGGGGCCGGAGGGGCGCGCGCGCGGCGGCGGCCCAGCGUGUAGGCGCCGAGGCGGCCAUGGCGGGCAACUUCGACUCGGAGGAGCUGAGUAGCUGGUACUGGGGGCGGCUGAGCCGGCAGGAGGCGGUGGCGCUGUUGCAGGGCCAGCGGCACGGGGUGUUCCUGGUGCGGGACUCGAGCACCAGCCCCGGGGACUAUGUGCUCAGCGUCUCCGAGAACUCGCGCGUCUCCCACUACAUCAUCAACAGCAGCGGCCCGCGCCCGCCGGUGCCGCCGUCGCCCGCCCAGCCUCCGCCCGGGGUGAGCCCCUCCAGACUCCGAAUAGGGGAUCAAGAAUUUGAUUCAUUGCCUGCUUUACUGGAAUUCUACAAAAUACACUAUUUGGACACUACAACGUUGAUAGAACCAGUUCCCAGAUCCAGGCAGGGUAGUGGAGUGAUUCUCAGGCCGGAGGAGACAGAGUAUGUGCGAGCCCUCUUUGACUUUAAUGGGAAUGAUGAAGAAGAUCUUCCCUUUAAGAAAGGAGACAUCCUGAAAAUCCGGGAUAAGCCUGAAGAGCAGUGGUGGAAUGCUGAGGACAGCGAAGGCAAGAGGGGGAUGAUUCCAGUCCCUUACGUGGAGAAGCUUAGACCUGCCUCCGCCCCAGUAUCGGCUCUGAUUGGAGGUAACCAGGAGGGUUCCCACCCACAGCCACUGGGUGGGCCGGAGCCUGGGCCCUAUGCCCAACCCAGCGUCAACACUCCGCUCCCUAACCUCCAGAAUGGGCCCAUUUAUGCCAGGGUAAUCCAGAAGCGAGUCCCUAAUGCCUACGACAAGACAGCCUUGGCUUUGGAGGUCGGUGAGCUGGUAAAGGUUACGAAGAUUAAUGUGAGUGGUCAGUGGGAAGGGGAGUGUAAUGGCAAACGAGGUCACUUCCCGUUCACACAUGUCCGUCUGCUGGAUCAACAGAAUCCCGAUGAGGACUUCAGCUGAGUAUAGCUCAACAGUGUGGCUGACAGAUGGGAACAAUCUUUUUUUUCCCCCCAAAUUGCCAUCCAUACAAUUUUCUUACAGAUGUCAAAGCAGUUUAGUUUAUAUAUAAGUAUUCUGUUACCUGUGAUCUUUUUCUGGCUGAACUGUUCCAUCCCUAGUCUCAUUUACCAUGUUUAGGGUACGAAACUGGAGGGCUUGUGUAUUCAUUUCUGAAUUGGCAUUAUUAGGUGGUAGAGCCACACCCGAGUGUAUCCGAGUACCUCCUUCCUCUCAGGUGGUGCAGCUCAGCCUGUGGGAACUGAUGAGCAGGAGAGGAAUGUUGCACACUGCUUGCCGGAUUUAUUCAGUGGUUUUGCUUUCAUUCUGAAAUCAUACUGUCAAUGGCAACAGACUGUUCCCUUCCUCCCCCAUGAAGUAACCAUGCACCAUGUGGCUAGUACCCAGUGGGACUGCUUUUUCAUUUACAGAACACGACCAUCAUAUGACUCAUUCUGACAGUUCGAAUCCUGAGAAUUCUGAGGACACUACUAGAGGCAUUUGUCUACCUUCCUAGUCAAUGCUUCACACUUUUUUCUUGGGAUUGUUUCAACCCUUGUCAUUCUUUUACCAAAAAGGUUUAGGUUGACUCUUAAGAGGAAUGUUUUAUUUUAAUUCCAGAUGACAAGUGGGAUGUGCAGAGCACUUUAUUCAGUGCAUAGCUUUAAGGCAGUAUUGGAUUCACUGAGUGGACAGCAAAACUUCCAGCUCUCUGCCUUCCCCCACAGGGUUGUAGUAGGUUCACGCUGCUGCUGCGUCUACACAGACCCGGGGCUAAUGGGAUCCAGCGGGGCCAUUUCUCCUGAGUGCCAGUAUCCUAAUAGGGGAUUCUUUGGGAUUCUUAGCUUCUACUUGGAGUGGAUGGACCAAUUACUUAGGAUAUUCCAUAGAAGGUUGUGGGGCCAAAUUCUGUCCUUUGCUUUAUGUGCAACUUGUAUAAAAAGUCAAGAUCAAAUAACAUGAAUUUGAGAUGAGAGUGCUUUGAAAAAUAUUUGAUCCAAUCAUGAAUUACUUACUUAUGUGAUUAUAUAUUACAUUAUCGGCCACGAUUGUGCUUGACGUGAAUUACGUUAUAAACUACCUUCCUUUUUGGCUCUUUCAGGUUUAGUUUACAAACCCCUUUUAAGUAUGGAAUGGUUUUAUGGGGUCAGGUGCUCCAAAAAAAUAGACUUCUGAGACCAAAAAUGAUCUAGGUUAUUUAGACUACACUAUAAAACUUAAAAAGUUAGUUCCCUGUCUAGAAAGGUCCUUACUGGUCUGUGGUGUUGUAUGACAUGACUUAACAGAACACCUUGUAUCUUGCUUUGGGCCUUAUUUUAGAAAAGUAAGGUAUAUUUCUAAUUAUUAAUGAUUCAUUUAUGUUAUUUGAAAAAAUCUACCAAAUUAUGGUGUCCCAGUGAUUAUCGUCAUGCCUGUCAUCAUCGGUAUAUAGAUACAGAUGUUGGUGUGAGUGAGUGAGGGUCAUGAAGAAGCUCAUUAUGUGGCACAGAAAAGCCAGCUGGCACAGAACUGCGUACAUUACCACAACAAACUAAUGAAUUGAUACUAAUUUAUAUAUUUUUACCUCACAUUAAGGUAAUGCUUGAUAAAGACAUUAAUACUCUACUUUUAAAAUGUUAUCACAGUGCUAUGCACAUAGUGGGUGCUCAGUAAUGUUGAGUGAACAGACUUGCAAUACUAGACCUAAUUCCAGCUGACUACUCUGUUAGAUUUUCAGUUUGAAUAUAGAUACUAUAAAAUCCAAUACCCAUUGAAUCUUGUCACAACUGAGUUGAAUGUUUGUAUUUUCUUUUGCCUUUGACUUUGUAAUGUCUCUUUUCAUCAUAUGUAAUAUUAUUACGACAUGCAACUUUACCUAAGUCAGAAGAAUUUCUCAGUGAUCAGUUGUCUGAAGCCAUUACGUGACAUGAAUUGUUGAGUUGGAUUUGGCUGAAUAUGGCCGUUGUUGUACCUUAAGAAAUUAAAAGGACUUCUUAUAAGUAUCUUCCAAAAGCAAAUGCUCGAAGCCUAUAUAAAUGCAUAUGUGCAUUGUCACAGAGCAAAGUAAACUGAAAUUGGCUGCUAUAUUUUAUAUAAUCAUUUCUGCAAAAAACCCACAUUUUUUUGGAUACUAAUAUUUGACAUGGUUAAUUCUUAUUAAUUUGUUGGAAUUGUUUAUUGUUAAUAUUGCAGAUAGAAUUUUUAAUUAUCCUUAAGUAACAUUUCACUAUUAAUGGUUUGGAAUGGGUGAUAAUGCAAACCAAUUUGAAAUAAAAUAUGAACAUGUGCCAUUGUAUUAUAACACUAUACACUUUCUUGACAGUUAAAUUUAAAAAAAUGUUUUUUUGUAGCAUGUAUUGUAUAUGUUUAUAGAAUAUGUAGUAAAUAAAAAUAUGGCCAAAUAUUUGGCUUGGUGAU